AUGCAUCUGUCCAUUGUCAUCUCGCUUUUGCUGUUCUUGCUGUCCAACUCCUUGACACUCGUGUCUGGACUAGGCUCUCAAUGCACAGGUCCACUCGGAGAAGGCGCUGCCGGUGCAGACGAUCCAUACUGGCUGCAAAACAUCGCGCAUCAGGGCACUUCCGCGUUUGGUCCCGCAGGCUAUACUGUCUUUCGCAACGUGAAAGAUUUUGGCGCGAAAGGUGACGGCGUUACAGACGACACGGCCGCCAUUAACUCUGCAAUUAGCUCUGGCGGACGUUGCGGACAGGGAUGCGAUUCUUCGAGCACAACGCCCGCCUUGGUCUACUUUCCCCAAGGAACUUACCUGGUGUCGGCCCCGCUUAUCGCCUACUACUAUACAGCUAUAGUUGGAGAUGCCAGGCGUCCCCCAACCUUGCUUGCUAGCGCAGGCUUCACUGGAAUAGCAGUCAUCGAUGCCGACCCUUAUAUACCCGGGGAUAAUGGUGCCCAGUGGUAUAUCAACCAGAACAAUUUCUAUCGGUCAGUGAGGAAUUUCGUCAUUGAUGUCACAAACAUGCCAGCUUCCGCUUCCGCUACCGGUAUACACUGGCAAGUCUCCCAAGUGACGUCGUUGUAUAACAUCAUUUUCCACAUGUCUACUGCAAGCGGUAACGCGCACCAAGGCAUCUGGAUGGAGAAUGGAAGUGGUGGCUUCAUAGGAGAUCUCGUAUUUAAUGGAGGCCAAUUCGGUAUCUGGGCUGGGAACCAACAGUUUACUGUGCGCAACAUCACAGUCAACAACGCCAACACAGCGUUCUUCGGACUAUGGAACUGGGGGUGGACAUUCCAGGGCAUCACGAUCAACAACUGCCAGAUCGGAUUCGAUCUAUCAAUAGGGUCAACGAGCGGAACUCCUCAGGGAAUCGAGGCUGAAGCGAUCAUCGACGCCGUGGUCACUAACACGCCCGUGUUUGUGCAAACCUCUCUGCCCAGUAAUGGACAGCUUUUGGGGUCGCUGGUUUUGAAUAACAUCAAGCUCAACAAUGUCCCCACUGCUGUUGGUGUGGCAGGUGGCGCGGUCGUGCUCGCAGGAGGGACCACCACUAUCGACUCUUGGGCACAGGGCAAUAUCUAUACUGGCACAAAUCCGACAGGAAGAUUUGUACAGGCGUCGAUUCCAUCGAUUCCGAAGGCCUCUUCUUUGUUAGAUAGUACUGGCAGAAUUGUCAGCAAGGGUCGCCCUACAUAUGCCGACUACUCCCCUUCGCAGUUUGUCAGUGUAAAGUCUCAGGGUGCGAAGGGCGACGGGAAUACCGACGACACAGCUGCACUGCAGGCUGUCUUUGAUAAGUUCGCUGGAUGCAAAAUCAUCUACUUCGAUGCUGGAACAUAUAUUGUUACUUCCACGCUCAAAAUUCCAGCUGGCGUCCAGAUCGUGGGCGAGGCAUGGUCAAAUAUAAUGGGGUCUGGCAGCGCCUUCACAAAUCAGAACAUUCCUCAGGUGGUUGUCCAGGUCGGUGCUGAAAACUCGGUGGGCGUGGCGGAGAUUUCAGAUAUCUUGUUUACCACUAGAGCCCCUGCAAAUGGAGCCAUUGUCGUUGAGUGGAACGUGCACGAUCCAUCUGGACAACCCGCUGCUGCUGGCAUGUGGGACUCAUUGAUCAGACUUGGUGGCGCCGCCGGAACCAACAUGCAGACUGCACAAUGUGCUGCCACGUUGCAGGAUACUGGCGACAACUGUUUUGCUGCCUUCAUGGGAUUGCACCUGACCUCUGGAUCCAGCGCAUACCUUGAGGGCACAUGGGUCUGGUUGGCUGAUCAUGAUAUAGACGGCGGUGGAACGCAGAUCACUGCAUAUAGUGGACGUGGGAUUCUUUCGCAGUCCCAGGGGCCUGUUUGGAUGAUUGGGACAUGUGCCGAACAUCAUACCCUUUACCAGUAUGGUUUAGCUGAUGCGAAAGAUCAUUACAUGGGGUUGAUCCAGACGGAGACACCAUACUACCAACCAAAUCCAGUCCCUCCCGCACCGUUCAUCACCAAUAGUGCAUAUGAUGACCCCACAUUCAAUGGAGAGGCCGCUGCAUGGGGACUCCAUGUUCAAGACUCGGAUAAUAUUCUAGUCUUCGGUGCUGGACAUUACAGCUUCUUCCAGAACUAUGUCGCCACUUGCAGCAAUACUUUCAACUGCCAGCAGCAAAUCGUCGACAUCGACUCAAGCUCAACAGUCAGCAUCUACAGCUUGAACACAGUUGGGACCGCCUUCCAAGUCAGUGUCAACGAGAAUGGCAUCAUCAACGAGGCCGACAACGCGAACGGCUUUUCGGAGACCGUCACUUCUUGGACGCGCUCAUAGUGGCACGUCCGUAGCGAACGGCGGUUAUUAUUUCUCUUGGGGGUUCUAACUUCUUUUAUUCAUGACCACUGCAACACAUUGAUGAUGAUACCCGUGAUAUGUUUGUGAGGCGGUAUCUCACAUGGAAUACAAUUGAUCUAGAUGUUCUAUCCAUCAUC